AACGCGUGGUGCCAGUCCAUCUCUCUCCUCUCCUCUCUCUCUCUCUCUCUAUAUGUAUAUGUAUAUACAGAUUGAUACAUGUAUCUGCAGUACGAUACAUAUAUAGGCAACUGUGCCGGUGCCAUGCCCAGAUCUUCUUCUUAUUCUCUCUCCUCUUUUCUCUGUAUUUAAAAGGAAAACAUGAAAAAUGAUCCAAAUGAUGUGUAGAGCACACUCCGCUAUGGCAGCCUUCCCUCGUUCAGGGAUGAGGAGAGGGCUUUGUGUAUGGCCGGGUGCAAGACAACUUUGCCUAAGGAAAAAUUUAUUGUAUGGAUUCAUGCACUUGUUAUCAAUGCCAUUCAAAACUGUACGUGGGGUCAGUCGAUCACUUGGAGUUUCUCACUUGUGUAGCGUUGCCAAACUGUCUUCCACGCUGCAAAUUGAAAUGGUUCCUUGUCUCAGGGACAACUAUGCAUAUCUUUUACACGAUGUGGAUACUGGCACAGUUGGAGUUGUUGAUCCAUCAGAAGCUGUACCCAUUAUAGAUGCAUUGACCAGGAAAAAUCGGAAUCUGACUUACAUAUUGAACACUCAUCACCAUUAUGAUCAUACUGGUGGGAAUAUGCAGUUGAAAGAAAUGUAUGGUGCAAAGGUAAUUGGGUCUGGAAUAGACAGGGAUAGAAUUCCUGGCAUUGAUAUAGUUCUGAAUGAUGGGGACAAGUGGAUGUUUGCAGGCCAUGAAGUGUUUGUAAUUGGAACUCCUGGACAUACCCGAGGGCAUAUUAGCUUCUACUUUCCUGGAUCAGAAGCAAUUUUUACUGGAGACACUUUGUUUAGCUUGUCAUGUGGAAAGCUUUUUGAGGGAACCCCUGAGGAGAUGUAUUCUUCUCUUGAAAAGAUAAUGUCUUUGCCAGAUGACACUAGCAUAUACUGUGGUCAUGAAUAUACAUCAGGUAAUUCAAAGUUUGCAUUGUCCAUCGAACCCAGGAAUGAAGCUCUUCAGUCCUAUGCUGCUCAUGUAGUCCAUCUCCGUAACAAGGGCUUGCCAACAAUCCCGACCACUCUGAAGAAAGAGAAGUCAUGCAACCCAUUCCUGCGCACGUCGAACCCAGAAAUCCGGCUGUCAUUGAACAUCCCCGAAACUGCAGAUGAUUCUGAAGCUUUGGGUGCCAUUCGCCAAGCAAAGGAUAACUUUUAGAUCAAUUGCAUCCCCUCCCUCUCUCUCUCUCUCUCUCUCUCUCUAUGUAUAGAAGAGAACACCUUUAUUAGCAUCUGUAUGUUAAUUUUCAAGGUUUUAUUGGAGAUCUUAAGUGUUCUAUAUAGUUGGGUCUAUCUCCUUAUCUAGCUGUGUAUCUGUCACGGCAAUGGAAUGCCAUACUCCUGGAGAAAAGAGAGCUUUUUGAUUGUAUUUUAAGUUAGAUAUUAAUGUCAUCAUUCACAACAGCCCUUCAUAAUUUUUCACUCACUCCUGAUAUCCAUUGAAGAACUGUUCUUAUA